CACUGCCGCCUCCAGCGCCGUCACCUACCCCCCUCAGUCGGUUCCGAAGCUUCUCCGCGCCGGUUCCGAGUCCCGCUGCAGCGAUGGAGGAAGAGCUCAAGUGUCCGGUGUGCGGCUCUCUGUUCCGCGAGCCGCUGCUGCUGCCCUGCUCCCACAACAUCUGCCUGGCGUGCGCGCGCAACAUCAGCGUGCAGACCCCGGACGCAGAGGCUCCCGCGCAGACGCGCGCGCCCGGCUCGGACUACGACUCCCUGGACCCGGACAAGAUGAGUGUGUACAGCGAGACGGACAGCGGCUACGGGUCCUACACGCCAUGCCAGCUCAAGUCCCCCAACGGGGUCCGGGUGUUCCCACCCGCGCUGGGCUCGCGCCACUGCUCCCUCACCUGCCCGCUCUGCCACCGCAGCGUCUCCCUGGACGAGCGCGGGCUGCGGGGCUUCCCGCGGAACCGGCUGCUGGAGGCCAUCGUCGGGCGCUACAGGCAGAGCCGCGCCGCCGCGAACCCGAACUCUUCCUCCGGCGCGUCCACGCCGAAGUGCCAACUGUGCGACCGCGGCCCGGCGGACGCUACGCUCAUGUGCGAGCAGUGCGACGUCUUCUACUGCGACGCCUGCCAGCGACGGUGCCACCCGUCCCGCGGCCCGCUGGCCAAGCACCGCCUGGUGCCGCCGCCGCCGCCGAGCCCGAGCGCGCCGCUGCCGCCCGCCGCCGCGCGGAAACCGGCCACUUGCGUGGAGCACGACGCGGAGAGCCUGAGCGUGUUCUGCUGCAGCUGCAGGGCUCCGGUGUGCGUCCGCUGCCUGGAGGACGGGCGCCACGCCACGCAUGACGUCAGACCCCUGCCCGCCAUGUGGAAGCAGCACAAGGUGCAGCUCUCGCAGGCGCUCAACGGCGUCUCAGACAAGGCCAAGGACGCUAAGGAGUUUCUGGUGCAGCUGAAGAACAUGCUGCAGCAGAUCCAGGAGAACGGCGUGGAGUUCGAGGCCUGUCUGGUGGCUCAGUGCGACUCGCUGAUCGAGGCUCUGACCAGACAGAAGGCCAAGCUGAUGACCAAGGUCACCAAGGAGAAGGAGCACAAGCUCAAGGUGGUGCGGGACCAGAUCACCCACUGCACCAUGAAGCUGCGGCAGACCACCGGCAUGAUGGAGUUCUGUCUGGAGGUGCUGAAGGAGAACGACCCCAGCGGCUUCCUCCAGAUCUCGGACGCCCUCAUCAAGCGGGUGGUCUCGUCCCAGGACCAGUGGGUCAAAGGCGCCUUGCAGCCAAAGGUCGGGCCUGACUUUGACCUGACCCUCAACACGGACUCGCUGCUGCAGACCAUCCUGCUGCUGGACUUCUGUCAGGGCAAAGACGGGCCGGACAAACCUGUGGUGGAAGACCCGGCUGCAGACGGCACCGAGGCCCAGCUGGAGGCAGAGAGUGUGGAAGCAGACUCUGGACCUCCGGUGCCGGCGGCUCCGCUGCUGCAGCUGGAGAAAUGCUGCUCCGGGAACAACAGCGCCACCCUUGCCUGGAGGGUGACGGGGAGCCCUACCCACCCCAUCGAGGGCUACAUCCUGGAGCUGGACGAUGGCAACGGGGGACAGUACCGGGAGGUCUACGUGGGGAAGGAGACGCUGUGCACGGUGGACGGACUCCACUUCAACAGCUCCUACAAGGCUCGCGUGAAAGCCUACAAUGCCGCGGGGGUGGGUCCCUACAGCAAGACCGUGGUGCUGCAGACCUCCGACGUGGCGUGGUUCACCUUUGACCCCACCUCCGCCCACCGAGACAUGGUCCUGACCAACGAGAACCAGACGGUGUCCUGCAACAGCUACGACGACCGAGUGGUUCUGGGGACGGCCGCCUUCUCCAAGGGCGUCCACUACUGGGAGGUCUGCAUCGAACGCUACGACAACCACCCGGACCCGGCCUUCGGCGUGGCCCGCAUCAACACGGUGAAGGACAUGAUGCUGGGGAAGGAUGACAAGGCCUGGGCCAUGUACGUGGACAACAACCGCUCCUGGUUCAUGCACAACAACUCGCACACCAACAGGGCGGAGGGGGGCAUCGCCAAGGGCUCCACCGUCGGCGUCCUGCUGGACCUCACCAAGCACACGCUGACCUUCUACAUCAACAAGGUCCAGCACGGACCCACGGCCUUCGAGAACCUGGACGGCGUCUUCUUGCCUGCGGUCAGCCUCAACAGGAACGUGCAGGUCACCUUGCUCACGGGUCUGGAGGUUCCCAAGAACAUCAAGCCGUAGACCUGGCCGUCAUCAGGAGGGACCCGUCCGCUCAGGUGACCUGCAGCUCUGGGAGGAGCAGCCGAGAGCUGGAGCCUCGUAUCGCGUGGGCUUCGUUUCUGCCGCCGGGCCGCACAGACUCCGCUCCCUCUGCUUUUUACACUUCCUAAGUCCGGCCGCUAGGUGGCGCCACCGGCUCUAAUUCGUUUUUUCCCACAGACGUUCAGAUGUAUUGAGUGAGAGAGUCAAGCGUUUCCCUCGUCUUCAGUUGUUGUCAUGUGACGCACUUCUGUCCUUCAGCUUUCGAGCCGUUACCUCCUGUGUUUCCAGUCAGUGAAGCAGGAGUUGGUUGUGAACUUGGUCGCUGCUCCCACCAUCCUGGAGGCUGGAGGACAGCGGCGCGCUGGCGGGGUCUGUGCGGCCCCAUGAGCCCUUUCAUAUUUCAUUUCAAGGAUAUAUAUAUAUCUAUAUAUAUCAUCAGUGUGUGUGUCUGCUUUAGCUACACUUGUGGGGACCAGUCCCUGGAAACACACCAACUUGUGGGGACAUUUAGCCGGGCCCCACAAGGUUAAUUUGAGGAUGAGGACUUCAAACUAACUGGGUUCCAGUCUGGUCCAGGUGAGCCUUGUGUUCAGGAGGAGAGGCUGCGGAAAGGGUGAUGGCCAGGGGAGGUCCCCACAAGGACAGAGAGCUGUAAACAUGUACAUAUGGUGAGGCACACACCUGAUGUGCAGCAUGGUUUGCUGACACCUUUACAAGAGAUGAGGAGAAACUGUGUUGUAAAUAGUGCGACGAGACUCGUGCGCCGUUGUUUAACUGAGAUGUAUUUAUUCACAAACACCAGGACAAGUGGAAUAUUUAUGUUGAGAGUGAUAUUUCUAUUUUUGAACUGGCUUUCAGUUGUUAUUUGAAGCAAACUAUUUAUCUGUUAGAUGUUUAUUUAUCAAGCACGACGUUACGUCUGCAGCAGCCACCAGGGGGCGUGGCACCGCUCUGAAGUCAUCUUCUGCAGCGAGCAUCCAGACUGGCUGGGUAAAGGGCUACACUCACAUCUCGGCCCGAACGUUCGUCCUCACGAACGUGACGUCGCCACGUGUCAUGUGACUCAGAGGAACCCAGGGAGCCGUUUCGUGACUGCGACGCCUGUCGCCAUGUCGAUGUGGUCGACUCUGUUGGCUUCAGUUUGUCCCUUCCUCGUCGCUGCUGACCUUGGGAUUCAGCUCCAAGACCUUGGUGCUGCAGCUCCUCCUGGGCCUCAUCUGGCUCUGACCCGGGCCCAGCUGCUGCCUCCCUCGGCCUUCAGUGGAUCUGAUGCGCCUCCUGCUGGGCGCCGCACGUCCAGCGUUGACCACCCCAGAGGGCGGGUCACUUUUCAUCAGCACAAGGCGGACGCUGCCUUGCUCAGCGGUCACAGCCAGCCUCCAAACUCGAUCCGAUGCCAGCUGUGGAGGUUCCUCCCCGCGGGGCAUCAGGUGUCCAGGACUCCUCUUCCUCGUCUCCAUACCUCCUGCCGCCAUGUUGUUUUGUACGACGCUGCUGUUUGUAAACGGUGCAGGGUUUGAAACGCACAACUGUCUUUGUAUCGUUUGUUAAAGAAAAAUAAACCUCCUGCGACUAACAGCUCCUGAGUGGUGGACUCGCUGAGAUGCGACCUCCGGAGGUCACGGACGCCAUCACCACCAGGCUCCACAGGACAGACGACAGGUUUCACGAAGGAAAAACUCGUUUAUUGUCGCCAUCAGAACCAAAGACCCUCAGGAAGUCCAGGUCGACUGCUCCCAGUCCAGGGUGGUGACUUCUGCUCUGUCCAUGACGGUCACUCCCAGACCAUCUCCUGCGGGGCCUGCCCCACCUCAGCUCUUCAUCCAACCGGCUUCUUCUGGGGGAACGUGGAGGUCCCUCACUGCUGCAGACCACUGAAGGUCUCACCUGCACACACACACACAG